AUGUCUACUACAACUGGUCAAUCAGCCUCAGUUGCGCGUCCCCCGCAAUUAUAUCAAGUUCCUCCUUCUGUCUCUUUUCCUUUUGCACAAUCACAAACUCUAAAACCUGCGCCUACUCAUCAAUCUAAUUCGACCAAAUCAUCUUCAAGGACCUUACAAAAUCGUAAAACUCCGGUUUUACUGGAAAUCACGCCGCCAAAUGCUGAACAUUCGGAACUAAUUUUCCCACUUCCAAGUGUUACUUCACCAACAACACCAACCAUUAACCAAUCAAGUGGUAAAAGCAUCAGCUCAACAAAUACGCCUCGGCGUUCAAAUUUCUCUUUAUCAGCUCAUAGAGAAUUCAUUGAGCGUAAAUCGCUUUCGGAAAUAACCUUUUUCACGGCGGCGCAAUAUAAGAUAUUGAAGGAUCUAUGCUCGGACAAACCGAUUCCGUUGGAAGACCGAGAAAGUUGGGAAUCCAUUAUAGCAUCACAAAAAUUACCGUGUACGAAUUCUGGUCAGGAUGCGUAUGAUGUUGAAAUGGUGACAGUUAGCUUGGCAAUAGAGUUCGCAACUAAUAAUACAAAAACCGACAAUUUUAAUACCUUAUUGCUAUAUGCAUUAAGUAAAAUGCGUCAAGUAUUGGAUCUAAAUAAUAUUGA